AUGCGUGGCAACGACCAUUUCACUGCCAAGUUAUUUCGAUUCAGUAUGCACUGGGUAGUGAUCUCAUUGCUGGUGUUGUCGACGAUAUGUUCGGCAUUUUACCUGCCCGGCUUGGCUCCUGUAAACUUCUGUGAAGCAUCGAAACGCAAACCAACAUGCCCGAGCAAUGUGACGUUAUUUGUCAAUCAUUUGGAUAGCGAUCAGUCCGUCAUUCCUUAUGAAUAUCAUAGUUUUGAUUUCUGUAUCGGAUCUGAGGAAGAGUCUCCAGUUGAAAAUCUCGGCCAAGUUCUAUUUGGGGAACGAAUCCGGCCAAGUCCUUAUAAAAUCUCUUUUCUUGAAACUCAAGCCUGCUCGAAGGUCUGCUCGAAAUCCUACUCAAAUGAUCCGGCAAGCAUCGAAAAGCUUCGGUUGUUGCAGCGAGGAAUGCGGCUCAACUAUCAACAUCACUGGAUUAUCGACAACAUGCCGAUCACGUUCUGCUUCAACAAUCAACAGGAUGUGAAGGUUUGCACGACUGGUUUCCCGAUGGGCUGCUAUGUGGACGCCAAUGGACAGCCACGGGAUGCUUGUGUCAUUGAUCCACGUUUCAAUGCACCAGACAGCUACUACAUUUUCAAUCAUGUAGAUAUCACGAUUGAGUAUCGUGAUAUGACCCAGGACCAGAACUUCUUAGAUGGGGAACAGGUUGGUGGCCGGAUUAUUCACAUCUUGGUGAAGCCUCGUUCCAUCAAACAUCCGAGCCCUGACAAGUUGGACUGCUCUCAAUCAGCUCCAGCACUGUCGAUUAAGGCGUCAGAUACAAAAGCUGAAAUUACAUAUUCUUACAAAGUUGAUUGGGUGAAAACCGAUGUGAAAUGGUCCUCACGAUGGGAUUACAUUCUGGAUUCAAUCCCUCACUCUAAUAUUCAGUGGUUCUCCAUUAUGAAUUCGCUUGUGAUCGUUCUCUUCUUAUCUGGAAUGGUAGGAAUGAUCCUUAUGCGAACGCUCCAUCGUGACAUUGCCAGAUAUAAUCAGCUAGACAAUGAGGAAGAUGCCCAAGAGGAGUUUGGGUGGAAGUUAGUUCAUGGGGACGUAUUCCGUCCUCCGAGAAACGCGAUGAUGUUAUCAGUAUUCAUUGGAGCAGGAUGUCAGACUUUACUCAUGGUGUCCAUCACUCUUGUAUUCGCUUGUCUUGGGUUUUUGUCACCAGCGAACCGAGGAGCGCUAAUUACCUUCGCAUUGGUAUUCUAUGUGCUGUUCGGAAUCGUUGCUGGCUACGUAGCAGCACGAUUGUACAAAACAUUCCAAGGGGUGCAUUGGAAAACAAACGUCAUAUUAACCAGUUUCCUGAUUCCUGGAAUUCUUUUCUCCGUGUUUUUCUUCACUAAUAUUCUGCUAUGGAUAAAAGGAUCGUCAGCUGCGGUUCCUUUUGGAACUCUACUUGCCCUAUUAUCUCUCUGGCUGUUCAUCUCCACUCCGAUGACGUUUAUCGGCGCGUUCUUUGGCUUCAAGAAGAGGGCGAUUGAGGCUCCUGUUCGUACGAAUCAGAUCCCUCGUCAAGUUCCUGAACAGACUGUGUACACAAAACCGCUUCCCGGAAUGCUCAUGGGCGGAAUACUCCCAUUCGGAUGCAUCUUCAUUCAGCUGUUCUUUAUUCUUAACAGUAUCUGGGCUCAUCAGACCUACUACAUGUUUGGUUUCCUUUUUGUUGUGUUUUUGAUCCUCAUUAUCACCUGCUCCGAAGCUACUAUUCUUCUUGCAUACUUUCAUUUAUGCGCUGAGGAUUAUCACUGGUGGUGGCGCUCGUUCUUCACGAGUGGUUUCACAGCCGUUUAUUUGUUUGCCUACUGCGUACGUUUUUUCACAAGCAAACUGGCGAUCACGGGAGUUGUCUCAACAAUACUGUACUUUUCCUAUACUGCGAUUUUCGUCUUCAUGUUCUUCCUCAUGACUGGUACGAUCGGUUUCCUGGCUACGUACUACUUUAUGCACAAGAUCUAUGCCUCUGUGAAGGUGGACUGA